CAGUAGCAGCAGUAAAACAUGGAACUUUGAUAUUUUCUUCAUCGUUUUGUAAGUAGUACCACUGGUGUCAGUAUUGCAUGUCAAUGACGGCUUGCUCUCUGCCGAGGGGUUGGGAGGACACAGCGAAUGAAAGGAGAAAAGAGCCUCUUCCAGUUGUUUUGGUUAAAUGUAAUUGCUGAACGGCAUGAAAAAAACCUAAUCAGAAAUCCUCCCUGACUGCGAUCCAAACCACCCCCGCCCCAAAAUCCGGCAGAAAAAUAUACAGCGGGGCCCUGUUCUGGCUACGGGCCUCCCAUGCACAUUUAGCUUUUCAAUUAAACAGAAAAACAACUUCAAGUGAAAACUUGAAGAGCGGAGCAAAGAGCAAAGUUCGUGGCCGAGCCCCUGCGUCCGGAUCAAAGGACAUAGCUGAUUUCUUAAGGAACGCUGCGGCUCUCUGCAAUCGCGAUCGGAAGACGCCCAUUCACAAAAAGGUCAUGGUUCGUCGCGUUGCUGUGGUCGGAGCGGGAAGCUCCGGACUGGUUUGUAUCAAGUGCUGCCUGGACGAGGGACUGGAGCCGGUGUGCUUCGAGAGCAGCGAUGACAUCGGGGGCUUGUGGAGGUUCAGGGAGAAUCCGGAGCCAGGGCGUUCUAGCACAUACCGCUCUCUUGUCGUCAACACCUCCAAGGAGAUGAUGUGCUUCAGCGACUUCCCCAUGCCGGCCCACUUCCCCAGCUACAUGCACAACUCACAGCUGCUGCAGUAUUUGCGUCUGUAUGCUGCUCAUUUUGACCUCCUUCGGCACAUCAGGUUCCAGACCACUGUCCUCAGUGUGAAGCAGAGGCCUGACUUCUCAAGCUCAGGCCAGUGGGAGAUUGUCACAGAGAGCAGAGACGGUCAUCGGGAGCAGCAGAUUUUUGACGCGGUUCUGGUGUGUUCAGGCCAGUACACCUCCCCAGUGACUCCACUGAAAGACUUUCCAGGGUUUGAGACCUUCAGGGGCCAAUACUGCCACAGCUGGGAAUACAAGGAUCCAGAACCUUACCAAGGGAAGAAGGUUGUAGUGGUGGGAAUUGGAAACUCAGGAGGAGACAUUGCUGUUGAGAUCAGCAGAGCUGCCAAGCAGACAUUGCUCAGUACUCGGCAGGGAACUUGGGUCAUGGGGCGCACAUCCAGCCGGGGGCUCCCCAUGGAUAUGAGUGUAAUCACCCGUCCGGUAGCCCUGCUGACUGCAGUGCUGCCUCGCCAUCUGCUCAGCUGGGUCAUCGAGAGGAGUUUGAACCAGAAGUAUGACCACCAGUUAUAUGGCCUCAUGCCCAGACACAGGAUCAUGGACCACAGACCUCUAAUCAACGAUGAGCUUCCUGUCCGCAUCCUUACUGGCCUUCUGGUCAUGAAGCCCAACAUUCGGGAAUUCCAGGGUUCUACCGUGGUCUUUGAGGAUGGAACAACAGAGGAGCAAGUUGAUGCUGUGGUGUUCUGCACCGGGUACAACUACGCCUUCCCCUUCCUCCCCAGCUCCAUCUUCCCUGGCCCUGGACAUGAGCUAACCUUAUACAAACAUGUGUUCCCACCAUGGAUUGAGUGCCCCACUUUGGCCAUAUUGGGAUUGUUUCAAGUCAUAGGUUCCAUGAUGCCUGCGGUAGAGAUGCAGGCUCGAUGGGUCGCACGAGUCAUCACAGGAUUCAUCCAACUCCCACCGAAGGAAAAAAUGCUGAAAGAUAUUGAAAAAGAGAGGAAAAGAUUCAUUAAGGGACAUCCUUGUCCCAGAGUUGCUGCUCUCCAGCUGGACUACGUCCCCUAUCUGGACGACCUGGCAGGACAGCUUGGGGUGCGGCCCAAGCUCCUCCGGCUGCUGCUGCGGGAUCCUCGCCUCGGCCUCAGCGUCCUGCUUGGGCCCUGUACCCCGUACCAGUACCGGCUAUACGGGCCGGGUCAGUGGGCGGGGGCCCGGCAGGCCAUUCUCACACAGUGGGAGCGGGUGGCCCAGCCGAUGAAGACCCGGGCCGUGCCGGAGCUCCCGUCUUCGAGGCUGCCAUUGCUGCUCGCUCUCAGUGGCGCCGCCCUAGUGGUAGCAGCUGUCUGUGCCAGAAAUAACCUUCAGGACCUCUUGGCUUCCCCGAGCAAUUGGAGGAUGUAUGUGCCAAAGCUAUUCCUUCACAUGGUGUAACGGAAUGACAGACCCUGGAAAGCCUAACAAGAUAACAUUUAACAACCCACUGAUUUUAGGACCCAUGUCCAUCCAGGCAACUUCUUUUGCUUUCAGCGUGACUGGUCUGCUGGUGGCCCUCCAAACCCGAGGUAAAUUCUGUGCGUUUGCCUCCAAAGGAUGCUGAGGAUCUCCCACAUCUAUUCACUCCAUCACUGGGAGUCCUUAUACAAAUUUCUGAUGGCUGAAAUUUCUCAUCACUGUUUUACACGAAAUGCUAACUUUUUAUGUUUAAAAAUGUCUAUGUUUUGGAAUUAAUUCCCUUUGAAAAGUAUCAAGAAGAUGGUCAAAACGGCCGUGCAAAUUGUGAAAUGUAUGCUGUCCAUACAGUUUUUGCCCGGUACCAUGAACUCUACAAAAUGAAAUUCUAAAGAGAUUCUGCACAGACCAAAAACCAAGCAGACCUACCACCAGUAUUUACUUCCUCGUAUAUGUUGCUAAAUGAACAUAUUUUAUAUUUUAUUAAUAGUUGAUUAAUAAAAUAAUCAACUAUUUAAUUCCAGACUAGUGUAAUGACUAAAAUCACAUGAAAUAUCAUUAACUCAUCCCAUGUUUCAAUCCAAUAAAAACUGCAUUUCUAAA